UAAACAUUUUGCAUGACUGAUCAAGGUCAGAGUUCAGGGAAUAGGACCAUACAAGACGUGCACGUACACCGGCUUCAGUUGUAGGAGGUAGAACAACGUUGACACUUGUGAAAGGAAUAACUAUACAGAAUCUCAACAAGAUAACAAUGUCACAACCAACGGGGGACAUUGCCUUGAUUGGACUGGCUGUUAUGGGUCAGAAUCUGAUCCUGAACAUGAAUGACCAUGGCUUUACAGUUGUUGCAUUCAAUAGAACUGUAGAAAAGGUGGAACACUUUUUACAAAAUGAGGCCAAAGGAACAAAAGUCAUUGGGGCAAAGUCAUUAGAGGAUAUGGUCAGCAAAUUGAAGAAACCAAGGAGGGUCAUGUUGCUGGUCAAGGCCGGUCAAGCAGUGGACGACUUCAUCCUCAAACUGGUCCCUUUAUUAGAAAAAGGAGAUAUUAUUAUAGAUGGAGGAAAUUCAGAAUACAAAGACAGUAAUAGGAGAUGCAAGGCUUUGGCUGCUCAGGGCCUACUAUUUGUGGGGAGUGGUGUAUCUGGGGGUGAGGAUGGUGCUAGGUAUGGACCCUCCCUCAUGCCAGGAGGAGCAGAACAAGCUUGGCCAGCUAUUAAAGAUAUUUUCCAGUCCAUAUCAGCAAAAGCAGGCAAGGAGCCAUGUUGUGACUGGGUUGGACCAGAUGGAGCAGGACACUUUGUUAAGAUGGUACACAAUGGUAUAGAGUACGGGGACAUGCAGUUAAUCUGUGAGGCUUAUCACCUGAUGAAGGACGCGCUAGGGAUGUCCCAGGCAGAAAUGGCUGAUACAUUAGAUGAAUGGAACAAAGGUGAGCUGGACUCUUUCCUGAUAGAAAUCUCUCGAGAUAUUCUAUGUUUUAAAGACAAAGAUGGGCAGUAUCUACUGGAGAAGAUCCGAGACACCGCAGGACAGAAAGGAACUGGCAAAUGGACAGCCAUAUCUGCCCUUGAAUAUGGAGUCCCUGUUUCACUUAUUGCUGAAUCAGUGUUUGCUAGAUGUUUAUCUUCACUACAAGGGGAAAGAAUUGAAGCUAGUAAACAGAUACAAGGUCCAAGUAAAACAAAAUAUGAAGGAGACAAAAAGCAGUUUAUAAAUGAUAUCAAAUAUGCCCUGUAUGCCUCUAAGAUAGUUUCCUAUGCCCAAGGUUUUAUGUUGAUGAGGGAGGCAGCUAAAGAGUUUGGGUGGAAGCUGAACUUCGGGGGCAUUGCCCUGAUGUGGAGAGGUGGAUGCAUCAUUAGAAGUGUGUUCUUGGGAAACAUCAAGGAAGCUUUCGACAAGAACCCACAACUGAGUAAUCUAUUACUGGACGAUUUCUUCAAGAAAGAGGUCCAGAAAUGUCAGGAAUCCUGGAGGAAGGUGGUGGCCUCUGCAGUUACCCUGGGAAUCCCCACCCCAGCCUUCAGCACCGCCCUGGCUUUCUUUGAUGGAUACAGAUCUGCUAGACUACCUGCUAAUCUCAUUCAGGCCCAGAGGGACUAUUUUGGUGCCCACACCUAUGAACUGCUGGACAACCCAGGAAAAUUCAUCCACACGAACUGGACUGGUCAUGGAGGAAAUGUAUCAUCCACGACGUACCAGGCCUGAACUCUAUCUCACGGAUUAAAUAUCACCUAUUCUUCGUCAACAUACGUUUAAAUCUAUCAAAUGUUACAUCAGCAUUUUAUUUAACAUCACUCUGAGAAACUGACGGAGAACUUAAAAAUAAUUCAUAUCAAGUUACAAGUCCAGCUGCCAUCUGUAUAUAUUAUAUUUUAAUGAAAAAAUUUGAAGACGUGUGAACAAAUUUAUUGGACUUCCUUUCUUUUAAAAAAAAAAGAAGUUGGUGGACAUCUGUAGAUAUAAAUUUACGUUCUACUUAUGAUGCUUUGUACUUCUCUUAUUGUAUGUUAUGCUUUUUGUUGUAUUGAUUUUAUAUUUAGGAUAUUUAUUUUACUUUCUCAGUCUAGAAUGUUACCGAUCUCUGUUCUACAAUGACAUACACAUUUAUAUCAUUGACAGAAACAAAUAAAUAAAUCAUGAAUAUUCAA